CGGAAACUUACAGGGGUAUCUGGCGACCGGCGGACAAACGGGCUGUAUCUACGAGGCCUCCAUGUCCAUGUGCGCGCGGCCGCGGCCGCGGCGACCCCCGCGUCCGCCCUUCUUGCGAUCGCGGCCGCCGCGCCCCCGGCCGCGGCCGAGACCGGCGAGCGCCGUGCCGAAGAGGCCCUCGCGGACGUUGCCUGUCGGCGCCGCGCCGCCGCCGCGAGUGCCCGGCCGCGCCGUCGCCAGGCGGACCUCGAGCGCCCGACCGUCGAGCGUCUCGCCGUCGUAGCGCGUCCUCGCGGCCUGGGCCUCGCGCGGAUUGGCAAAGGUUAUCGUCGCGCGGCCGAGGGACCGUCCGGACGCGUCGAGCGCCAUCCGACAUGCUUUAAUUGUUCCGCAGGCCUCGAAAAGCCGGCGGAGCUCGGACUCGAGGACGUCGUACGGCACGUUUCGCACCUCGACCGUCUUCGCGCCGUCCGCGUUUCCGAGGCGGUCGAAGAUCGAGCCGCGCGCGUCGCGGGGCCGCUUGCCCGCGGUUUUCUUGCGGACCACGGUCUUCUUUCCGCCCCUGGCCGCCGCUCGCCGCGGCUUGGCCUUGGCCGGCUUCUGCGCCGGCUUCGCCCGCCGCUUGAUGAUGUCCUCCAGCGAGAGGUCGAGGGCGCUCAUCGCGAUAGCUGAAUGCACCGCAAAGAUACAAAGCUAAGAUAAAUUCAGCUGCUGCUGGACGCUUACGCAACCCGCACAAUUCAAGG